UUCAAAGUAGCUCCUACGGUUUUCAGAAUCUUGUUACGUUAUUGUCGAGGUCUUUAGAAGGGUAGAAUUGUACAGAAAAACAUGACUUCCAAUGUGGAAAAUGACCCUAACGCGCUGAAGAUCUGCCCAUACGACCCGGUUCACAAAGUGAGGGCAAAGAGAUUUCCUUACCACUUGGAGAAAUGUCGAAAGCAAUAUGCGAGUGCAGGAUGGAAACAGUGUCCCUUUUUUGCUCGACAUGAAAUUCCUGUUGAGGAAUUAGAAUAUCACCUUUCCAUUUGUGAAUACAAGGACAUGAUCAGACAAGACAUAGAAGAAGCUGGCCUUCAGCCAAUAGUUGAGGAGAAAAGAUUACGACAGCCGCAGCCAACCCCAGCAGUAUUACCUGAGGAAACUGAGGAUUGGGAAACAGAGGCUAAUAGGCAACCAUUUUCAAUCCUUACGUCGGAGCCACAAGACGAAUCUAGAGAUGCAUAUGAUGUCUUGCAGGCGAUUCAAGAUGUACAGGCUGAAGCUCAUGCUAGACCUAACCUUAUAGAGACCUCAGGCAUGACACCCGCACAGAAGAAAAACUUCAAAAGAGCACAGAAGAGACAAGAACGACGGGAAGCUGAAAGUCAAGAACCUAAAAUGACAAAUGAAGAGAAGGCUCAAAUCCUAGCAAAAGAGUACAGUUUACUUAACAAUACAGGCAGUUUUGUUGACUUUGUGAGUAUCCUAAAUCAACACUGUCAGAAAAGCAAAAUCAAUGUACCAAAAUAUGGUGAAGCACCUGGAGUUGACGGAGGCUUUGGAGCACAGUGUUUUGUGAAGGGUCAGAUAUUUAAAUGCAUGAAGUGCUGUUCAACCAAGAAAGAAGCACGUCAUGAUGCUGCCAUGCGUGCUGUCUUGGGUCUCAAUAUUCCUGUGGUUGACCCCACACCCAACAAACGGAUGGAUGCAAGAACUGCCACUGACCAUCAGAAGCUCAGAGAAACUCAUGAGUUACAGCUUCUGAAAGAGGCACAACAGGCACCAGCCAAAGGCAGAGGCAGACCAACUGUGCAGCAGCCUGUGAGUUCCUUUUCCACCUCAGCUACUGGCCCACCCAUGUCACAGCAACCAUCACAGUAUAUGGCAGUCAACAACUUCACUGAGGUUACUGGUGCAAGAGGAGGAACAGAAGAUGAUGAGUGGACAACUGUGGGUAAGAAAGGAUUGAAAAAUCCAGUCUAUCAGCAUUCCCUCAAGAUGGCAGGGCGUGGAAGGGGUAUGACAAGGCGGUGACAAAUGACUACUAUUGCAUCUGACCAGCAGAGACAGAAAUCCUGACCAAUGGAUCUUUCUGUGUUCUCCCUUAAAUAACUAUUAUUUUCAAUGAGGGAGCAAGGUUCUCAUUCCUUUGAUCUGUUUUGCAUCAUUCCCACAAUUCCUUCAAGGUUGGCACGCUAGACCUUUGCUCCACCUGAAAGAUUGCUUCCACUCUGAAAGACUACCUAGUGAAAGCAAGCUGUGUGAAAGCCCUUCUGUUAUGUUAGUUUAACGAGAGAGCUACCAUUCAUUAGUGAAGAGGUACAUAUUAGGUUAGCACUUAUUUUUUUCAAGUUUG